AUGGACAGAGCUAGUAGAGUAUCAAUUGACAUUGUAAAGUAUUUACAUGAUAAUAGAACUGAAGGUUGUAGUCAUAGUGCGAUGGAUAAUGCUUCAAGAAAUGGUCGUUUAGAUAUUGUCAAGUUUCUUCAUUCUCAUAGAACUGAAGGUGCAUCAAAGAAUGCUUUGGUUUGGGCAUCUGAAAACGGACACAUUGAAAUUGUAAAGUUCCUUUCCGAGCAUCGUACUGAAGGUGCAACAUCCAGUGCUAUCGAUUGGGCUGCUCAAAAUGGACACAUUGAAAUUGUAAAGUAUCUUUCUGAGCACCGUAGUGAAGGUGCAACAACCAAUGCUAUGGAUGGGGCAUCUAGAAAUGGACACAUUGAAAUGGUAAAGUAUCUUUCAGAGCACCGUAGUGAAGGUGCAACAACCGAUGCUAUGGAUGGGGCAGCUAGAAAUGGACACAUUGAAAUUGUAAAGUAUCUUUCUGAGCACCGUAGUGAAGGUGCAACAACCAAUGCUAUGGAUGGGGCAGCUGGAAAUGGACACAUUGAAAUGGUAAAGUACCUUUCAGAGCAUCGUAGUGAAGGUGCAACAACCGAUGCUAUGGAUUAUGCAGCUAGAAAUGGACACAUUGAAAUGGUAAAGUAUCUUUCAGAGCACCGUAGUGAAGGUGCAACAACCGAUGCUAUGGAUGGGGCAGCUAGAAAUGGACACAUUGAAAUGGUAAAGUAUCUUUCAGAGCAUCGUAGUGAAGGUGCAACAACCAAUGCUAUGGAUGGGGCAGCUAGAAAUGGACACAUUGAAAUUGUAAAGUACCUAGAGCAUCGUAGUGUGGUGACGAUACCUCACUUAUAA